CACCAAUUGUCUAUGGACUAGUUUCAAUUUGACGGCUGGCAAGUACAUCCGGCCUCCGAAGUUCGGGUCCUUUUUCACGCGUACGCCAUCGCUGGCGUAUGGUAGUUAUUUUAUUGAAAGAAAAAUCUAAAACCAUCCAAUAUGGUGAAUUUUACGGUGGACGAGAUCCGUGGGAUGAUGGACAAAAAGCGGAACAUCCGCAACAUGUCCGUCAUCGCUCACGUAGACCACGGCAAGUCGACCCUCACGGACUCGCUCGUGUCGAAAGCCGGUAUCAUCGCCGGUGCCAGGGCCGGGGAGACUCGCUUCACCGACACCCGCAAGGAUGAGCAGGACAGGUGCAUCACCAUCAAGUCCACUGCCAUCUCUAUGUACUUUGAGCUUGAGGACAAGGACUUAGUGUUCAUCACAAACCCUGACCAGUGCGAGAAGGGCCAGAAGGGUUUCUUGAUCAACCUGAUCGACUCCCCCGGGCACGUUGACUUCUCGUCUGAGGUGACAGCUGCCCUCCGUGUAACAGAUGGAGCCCUCGUGGUUGUGGACUGUGUUUCCGGUGUGUGUGUACAGACGGAGACUGUGCUGCGUCAGGCUAUUGCCGAGCGCAUCAAGCCCAUCCUGUUCAUGAACAAGAUGGACCGUGCUCUACUCGAGUUGCAGCUUGAGUCGGAAGAGCUCUACCAGACCUUCCAACGUAUUGUUGAGAACGUCAACGUCAUUAUCGCCACAUACUCUGACGACUCUGGCCCCAUGGGUGAAGUACGUGUGGACCCCAGCAAGGGUUCAGUAGGUUUCGGUUCCGGUCUCCAUGGCUGGGCCUUCACCCUCAAACAAUUCUCCGAGAUGUACGCCGACAAAUUCAAGAUUGACCUGGUCAAGCUUAUGAACAGACUUUGGGGAGAAAACUUCUUCAAUGGACAAACCAAGAAGUGGGCCAAGCAGAAGGACAAUGACAACAAGCGUUCCUUCUGCAUGUACGUGUUGGACCCCAUCUACAAGGUGUUUGAUGCUAUCAUGAACUUCAAGAAGGAUGAGAUCGAGAACCUCCUCAAGAAGAUUGGUGUCACCAUCAAGCACGAAGAUGCUGACAAGGACGGCAAAGCCCUACUUAAGGUAGUGAUGCGCUCGUGGUUGCCCGCCGGCGAGGCUCUGCUUCAGAUGAUUGCCAUUCACUUGCCCUCCCCCGUGGUGGCCCAGAAGUACCGUAUGGAGAUGUUGUACGAGGGACCCCAUGAUGACGAAGCCGCAAUGGGUAUCAAGAUGUGCGACCCUGAAGCCCCACUGAUGAUGUACGUGAGCAAGAUGGUGCCGACAUCCGACAAGGGUCGUUUCUACGCCUUCGGUCGUGUGUUCUCCGGCAAGGUCGUCACUGGACAGAAAGCCCGCAUCAUGGGACCCAACUUCCAGCCUGGCAAGAAAGAGGAUCUGUACGAGAAGACCAUCCAGAGAACCAUCCUCAUGAUGGGUCGUUACGUGGAGGCCAUCGAGGAUGUCCCGUCCGGUAACAUCUGUGGUCUGGUCGGUGUGGACCAGUUCCUCGUAAAGACUGGUACCAUCACCACCUUCAAGAACGCACACAACAUGAAGGUGAUGAAGUUCAGCGUGUCGCCCGUCGUGCGCGUGGCGGUCGAGCCUAAGAACCCCGCCGACCUGCCCAAGCUGGUGGAGGGUCUGAAGCGUCUGGCCAAGUCCGACCCCAUGGUGCAGUGCAUCAACGAGGAGUCGGGCGAGCACAUCGUCGCUGGCGCCGGAGAGCUCCAUCUUGAGAUUUGUCUUAAGGACUUAGAAGAAGACCACGCUUGCAUUCCAAUUAAGAAAUCCGACCCCGUCGUGUCGUACCGUGAGACAGUCGCCGAGGAGUCCGACCAGAUGUGUCUGUCCAAGUCGCCCAACAAGCACAACCGUCUCUUCAUGAAGGCCCAGCCCAUGCCUGACGGUCUGGCCGAGGACAUUGACGAGGGCCGCGUGAACCCCCGUGACGACUUCAAGACCCGUGCCCGCUACCUGACUGAAAAGUACGAGUACGACGUCACCGAGGCGCGUAAGAUCUGGUGCUUCGGCCCCGAGGGUACUGGCCCCAACAUUCUCGUGGACUGCUCCAAGGGAGUGCAGUACCUCAACGAGAUCAAGGACUCCGUGGUAGCCGGCUUCCAGUGGGCCGCCAAGGAGGGUGUGAUGGCCGAGGAGAACCUCCGAGGUGUCCGCUUCAACAUCUACGACGUGACGCUACACACAGACGCCAUCCACAGAGGUGGUGGACAAAUCAUUCCAACGACCAGGAGAUGUCUGUACGCUUGUCUGUUGACCGCCGCGCCCAGACUUAUGGAGCCAGUGUACCUUUGCGAAAUCCAGUGUCCUGAGAUCGCCGUGGGAGGUAUCUACGGUGUGCUGAACAGACGUCGUGGUCACGUGUUCGAGGAGUCGCAAGUGGCCGGCACGCCGAUGUUCGUGGUUAAGGCGUACCUGCCCGUCAACGAGUCGUUCGGCUUCACCGCCGACCUGCGCUCCAACACCGGCGGGCAGGCGUUCCCGCAGUGCGUGUUCGACCACUGGCAGGUGCUGCCUGGUGACCCGUGCGAGCCCGGCUCCAAGCCCUACGUUGUUGUACAGGACACGAGAAAACGAAAGGGGCUGAAGGAGGGUCUCCCAGAUCUAACUCAAUACUUGGACAAAUUGUAAACGCCAUAGCUAAUGCAAUAUUAUAUUAUGUAAUAUAAAAUGUACCAACAAAGCGCCUCACGCAUUAUACAAUUAUAUUUUUGUUUAUUAUUGUAUUAAUGUUUUUAAUUUACUGCAACACACGUUAGGGAACGUUACAUACGUACAGGUACUCUAGGCGACGCAAAACUAAAAUUCAACAAACAUCCUGUAUUUAAUUAUGGUUUAAAAAUCCCUUCGCAUACAUUUGUUUGUUAUAUGUAGUCGGGAAGGCAGGACAUUAUUAUAUUUUACUGUAAUUAAUUUUUAAAUUAUAAUUUUUCUAUUGUA